AUGUAUUAUCCUAUAUCUGGUCCCCCCUAUGGCCAGUUCUUGCCACUACGAACUGUAUCACCCUCGUUACCGGCAUCCAGGAGUCUUGAGACUACCACAACUGCUAUGAGUGUUUCACAGCCCCCGAAGCAGAAAGAGAGAGAUCAACCUGACCCUUCAAACAUCAUUGAAGGGUCUGCAAAGCAUUGCCACAAACCGACUUCGAAGGUUCUCGAGUUGGGUUCAUUUGGGUUAGAUUGA